AGUGCUCCCCAAGCAACAAAGGCGCUAUUUUUGUUUGUGGGUACUGAUCGAGAGAAAUGGCUGAUGCCCAUCCAAACCAUCCUCCGACGAUGCAUACCUCCUCCGACUACCCCCACGAACUCUCCUCCUUCCUCCACCGCCACCCACUCGCUCACAUGAUCCGCAACCCCCAUGUUCCCUCUCGAACACAUCGGGUAUGCGACGUGUGCUGCGAAUCCAUCCACGCCAAUUUCUACCACUGCAAGGACUGCCACUUCCACGUCCACCCACUUUGCACCCACCUCCCCAGCAGCCUCCGCCACGUUAUUGACCCCAACCAUAAGCUCUUCCUCCACAAGCUCUCCUCUGCCCGCUGCUCUGUUUGUAAAGCUGAUUGUUCUUCUCUCUGGGUCUACGGCUGCAGCGCUUGUAAGGUCAACAUCCAUCUCAAAUGCCUUCGAAAGCCCUUCGGUUCGCGGGAGAACACCCACCGGCCAUCUGGGUCACGUGGGAUGCACCACCAUGCACCGCCGCCGUGGGCGACGUGGCCACCUCCUAACCACGGUGGUUUUCCCGGUUGGGGAUACCCGAAUUACCAAAUUGGGUAUCCUGGACCUGUUCAAUUUGCACACAACAAUAAUCAUCCGCCGAGCUUGGGAUCGAUGUUUGGGAGUACGAUGUUUUCUCUGGUUGAGAAUUUGGCGAUUGGUGCUUUCUCUGAUUUUAUUUUCGGUUCCGUUGGUUUUUAAUCCUUCAAUUUCUAAUGGUGUUCUGUUCAAUUGUUCCCUCUCUUUUCCCUUUUCA